AUGGCUCGCCGGAGGAAAGUGGGGUCGGAUCGGAGAUAUCACCUGCGGUCACGUACUAUGGUGGAGACACCAUUGUGGCAUUUCUUCAAGAUCAUCCUUCCUAGUACCUUAGAAGACCAAAAGCUGAAAAUUGGUGCUUUCGAUCAAUAUGUGGGUGUCGAGGAAUCCAAUGAAAGGCAGAAUGCUUCAGCAGAGAAGGAUGUGGGAAUGAAAAAGUGUCAAGGAUCUGUAGCUGGACAUGAGAGCUGUAAUUUUGAGCUCUUCAGCGACAAGAGGGGCAAAAAACCUAUGAAGGAAGAGUAUCUUCCACUAACAGAUUUCGAAGGUGCAAAUGAGUUGAGGAAAGGGAAGUUCAACAGACAUCAAAUGUCUAGCCGAAAUGGAUCCUUGUUUAAUGUGUUUAGUGAAACCAAGGUUGAUAGAAGCAAACGUAAAACUGAAUGUGAUGAAGGUGAGUUACUGUCAAAAUGUGAAGAACAUAUGGAAAUUGUUGUCAGUGGACUUUCAAAGGCAUCCCAAGCAAGCAAGAGGGCAAUUCAUACAGCCAGAAAGUUCAAACCAAAAAAUCCUUCUUUCAUGGUUUUGUUGCGACCGUAUAAUAUCCACAACAAUUUUGUGUAUGUGCCUCUUGGAUUUGCUGAGAAGUAUCUGAAUCAAGUUUCUGAGCGUAUUAAACUUCUGGUCUCUGAUGGAAAAGAGUGGCCUUUGCGAGUCAUUAAAUGUGAACGGAAGCUAUCGAAGGGAUGGAAUAGAUUUCACAAGGAAAAUGAUUGGAAGGAAGGAGAUGUUUGUGUCUGUGAGCUGAUCAAGAGCAAGAAAUCCGUGCUGAAAGUUACAAUAUUUCGCUUAGAUGAAGAUAGCGAGUCAUUGAAUUGA